AUGUUAACAUUAAUCGAACCACCGGGUGCCAAACGUGGUGUAGCGUCUAAUAAUCGUUCAGCACAACAUUUGCUCACAUUCGCAACUGCGACUGAUGAGGAUGAUGAUUUGGAUAUAGAUGAAGCGAAUAAUAUUGACACCAUCAAUAAUAAUUGCAACACAUCAAACGGUAAACGAACUCUAGCACAGAGAAUCGACAAAUUUUUAGUGGGCAAGUCAAAUUCAUAUGAUUUUUCGGAACGAUGGAAACGCGAAUUCAGUGAGCGGCCGUCGUGGUGUGAUGCCGAUAUGACACUACAGCAAAUAAAGCGGGGUAAAGCAAGAGGCAAUUGUUUAGCGUUGUAUUCGCGUAGUUUAAUUCAGAAAGCACUCUUCUCAUUAGGCAGUUUUGUUGAACGUCAUUCAUUGUUGGUGAUAAUGGCCAUGUUGACGUUCUUCUCAUUCUGCUGUACCGGGCUUCAAUAUGUUCGUAUUGAGACGGAUAUUGUUAAAUUGUGGGUUGCAAGAGGUGGUCGUUUAGACGAAGAACUCAAUUUUCUCACUCGGGUUCAGCAACAGUCAAGUACGUCAGCGACCACGCAAGCGAAACGUGAGAAUGGUUUAGGAGGCGGUUAUCAGGUUGUAAUCCAUACACCAACUCGUGACGGCGAUAACAUUUUAACGAAACAAGGUCUCCUCGAGCAUGUCGAUAUAAUGCAACAAAUUGCUGAAUAUAAAAUUGAAGUGGUUGGCGAGAAUUGGACUCUUGCGGAUAUUUGCUUCAAACCGCCGUCGCCAGAACUCAACAGUUCAUCAAUGGCGGCCACCUAUAUCCCAGUGAUUGAUCGGAUUAUACCAUGCAUAUGGAUUACGCCUAUCGAUUGUUUCUGGGAGGGUUCGAAAGCGGUCGGUCCACAUCCGAAGAUUGAAGCGAGUUCAUUGGGUAUUGCAAAAGAAUUUCUUACAUCUUUGCCAUCCAAAGAGCGUUUUUCAUGGUCCGAUUUGAAUCCACAAGCGAUAGUUGAUGAACUAGAUGAGGUGUUUUCAAUGGGUAAUACGAGAAGUUUCUUCCAUCGAGCGGAUAUCGGGAAAGGUUACUUGGAUCGUUGGUGCAUCGAUCCACUAGACGCGCAAUGCCCAAGUGAUGCGCCGAAUCAUUUCCCAUUCUGCGAGUUGUUACCGAGAUUUUUGGAUUAUGCAGAACGUAAGGGUUUUGAAGUGCCCAUUGAUGAGGAGUACUUACGCGAUGAAGAAGCAAAACAGAAAUCUGCUGAUAGUGAAGGCUUCAAUUUCUUCGGUAUUUUCGGUGGAAGGAAGAAACGUAACGCAGAGAUUAGUAGAGGGGUUGAUAGAGCGAUGGAGCCUUCAGCACGUCAUGAUCGUAAGUCGAUCGCUCGGGCACCAUCUCAUGUGAUGGACUCGAAUUCAGAUGGUGUUGGUUCUGUGAAGAAUCCAGAACCUGAAUCCGCAUUUGGUGGCCAAUCUGGUAAGAAUGAUGAUGCCAAAAUUGAUCGAAUGCGAGCAAGUUUGACUACAAAUGAUGAUAGCAGCAGCAGCAGCAUUUAUAUGAAUAGUGGUGUUAAUGAUGGUGCUGAUAAGAAUGGUGCUAGCAAUCGAAGUAGUGACUAUCGAGUGACAGCUAGAAACCCUAUCGCAGAGGGCGAAACGUCAACGAAUCUGCCGAUGACACAAUCGACACGUGGAAUGGUGGCAGUGUUGAAAACUGAUAAGCAUCAUUUUACUGGCAGUAGAAUAACAAAAAAACCGGAACAAAGCACAAUAAGAACGACAACAACUGAACAUCCGGAAACAAAACGUCGAAGAGAACAUCGAGAAAAAGAAGAUGAAGGUGAUGAUGCUGAGAAGGAAUUGGAGAGUGAGACAGAGGAGGCCGCCGAGGACGAGUCGGCGGUUAUCCAUCACAAAUCAUCUGAUUUUGGUAAAGAAUCCGGGAGAAGCAGUACUGAUACCAGUGAUAGCAGUAGCAGCAGCAACAGCAACAGUGAUCUGAGCGAUCUGUAUAAUGAAGAAGAUGAUGAGGCAGACAAUCCGAACGUGACGCGAUGCAAGAAAUAUGCGCAAUCAAUGUCAACGUGGAUGAAAAAUAAUCCAGAUAAAUGGAAUGAAUUUCUCUCAGAAUCCGAAUAUCCUGUUGAAGCGAAUUAUGGUAAGGUGGUACAUGGAGGUUGUCGGGGAUUUGCAAAAGGGGUUAUGUCAUGGCCACAGGAUUUGAUUAUUGGCGGCGCUAAGCUGGGCAUUCAACAAGUGGACUCGGCUGAAGCACUUCAAAGUGUUUUCUUGGUCGCUUCUCCAAAUGACGUCUAUCUUAGAUUCAAGGAUGAUAAACGGAAACAUUUAAAACCGCAUUUGAAUGCUACACAGUGGAACGUAAGUGUUGCCGAGGAGGUGAUCCGAACAUGGCAGCGUAAUUUCACGCAUAAUCUCUAUAAUCAUCGAUGGAAUUUCGAAUACGAUUCUGACGGGAAUAUCGUUGAUGAACAUCGUCGUGUGCAUCCGCUUGCGUCCACGUCGAUCGCAGAUAUGCUCGAAGAGUUUUGUCAAUUCAAUUACACGAUCAUAUUUGCUGGCUACUUGUUGAUGCUGGCUUAUGCUCUGCAAGCACAAAUGCGCCAUCACGGUUGUAUGUUCACGUCAGAUUCAUGCGUUGGUCUAGCAUUCGCUGGUGUUCUAACCGUAACGUUUGCCUCAGUAUCGGGUCUUGGUCUUGCCACUUGGUUCGGAAUCGAAUUCAAUGCGGCUACUACUCAGAUUGUACCGUUUUUAACGCUUGGCAUUGGUGUGGAUAAUAUGUUUUUGUUGUUACAUAAUUAUCAUGGAGUCGUGGAGAGUGUUAAGAACGACGAAGUGGGUAUGCUCAUGAAGGAGACUGGUAUGAGCGUCUUAAUGACGUCAAUCAAUAAUAUUCUGUCGUUUCUAGCCGGUACAAUUCUACCGAUUCCUGCGUUACGAGGUUUCUGUGCGCAGUCAUCAAUUCUGUUGACGUUCAAUUUGUUGGCGAUUUUAACAAUCUAUCCGGCAAUAAUCUCAAUUGAUUUACGAAGACGCAAGAGCGCGAGACGUGAUGUGUGCUGUUGUAUUGUUGCGGAUGAAUCGUUGAUUAGUGAUGAUGGAUACACGUUAGGUAUUGGUGUUAAACCGCAUAUACCGGAGAAACGCACAGUGGGUGAAUCAGUACCAUCAUAUCACAAUUUGUAUUCACGUAAUGAACGCGAAGACGACUUCGAAGAUGAUCACGUUAAACCGUGGACACUGCACGCUUUUCUUAGACAUUAUUAUAUCCCUUUCUUGAAACACACUUCAACAAAGAUAUUCGUGCUGUUUGUUUGUGGUUGCUUACUAGCCGCUGGUCUAAUCGGUAUGCGUCGCGCAUCGUACGGUCUUGAGCUAAGCGAUGUUUUACCUGAACAUACCGCGCCGGCUGCGUUCUUGAAAGCUCGCGAUCGUUAUUUCAGUUUCUAUCCUAUGUUCGCCGUUUUGAAAGGACCGAAUAUUGAUUAUGCUCGAGAUCAGCAUAAGAUUGACAACUACAGAAGAAGUAUUGGAAGAUCUCGUUUCGUUGUGAAAAUAGAUGGUGGUGAGCCAAGUGAAAAAUAUUGGUUAUCACUGAUGCGAGCAUGGUUACGGUCUCUUCAAGCUGAACUAGAUCGUGCAAUUGAUGCGCGUCAUGUCAACGUGACAAAUGGUUCUUCACUUUUAAUUGAGAGUGAUAACCAGAAUGCUUUCGUUGAUUCCACCAAAAGACUGAGUGCUGAUGUAAAAGUCGCGAUUCGUUUAGUGUGCAGUUUUGGUCAGAAAUAUGAUUGCCGUGGACGAUUGGGAAAAGUACGUCUAGUUGACGAGAGUGGAACAAUAAAUGUGGAUGGUUUUUAUAACUAUCUAACGGCUUGGUAUAAUUCAGACAGUAUGAUGUAUCAUGUUUCACAAGCUUCAUUCUUUCCAGCUCCACCUCGGUACUACUCAAUUGUCACUUUUACACUCUAUUAUUGUCAUUGUUAUUCAUGGUCAUAUGAAGAAGCAGCUGGCGGUGUGUCACAGUUAGUACCACCCGCUGAACCGUUUGCUUAUAGCCAGAUACCAUUCUAUCUUACCGGUCUUACAGACACUCCAGUUAUCGUUGAGAUGAUCAAAGAGAUACGAGCGGUUUGCGAUAAAUUUACAUCCGAAGGCUUGCCGAAUUUCCCGUCAGGGAUAGCGUUCACAUUCUGGGAGCAAUAUUUGCACUUAAGCUCAAAUUUAGCGCAAGCAAUAUGCGUUAUUGCUUUUGCUGUCUUCUUUGUCAUUUCAAUAAUUAUUUGUAAUCCAUGGGCUGCAGGUAUUAUAAUGGUGAUUCUCGUCUUAAUGACAAUUGAAUUAGCUGGUUUUCUUGGUUUAGCGGGUAUCAAACUCAAUCCCGUAUCAGCGGUUACAAUCAUCACUGCAGUUGGCAUCGGUGUUGAAUUUACGGCGCAUGUUGUGCUAGCAUUCUUAACGUCGUUGGGUGAUCGCGAAUCUCGAAUGGCGUCUGCAGUUGAUCGCGUUUUCGUGCCGGUCAUUCAUGGUGCUUUCUCUACUCUGCUUGGUAUUAUCAUGUUGGCAUUCUCUGAGUUCGAAUUUGUUGUCAAGUAUUUCUUCGUGGUGAUGUCGGCGUUGAUCGCGAUUGGUGUGCUCAAUGGACUUGCUUUAUUACCUGUUCUCUUGUCGCUUAUUGGACCACCGUGUGAGGUUGGUUUGUUGACACUUUUUAUUAAUUUUGUAUUCACUGUAUCUCAAAAGACAAUUUUGAUUGUAACUCCGGUGGAUGACAGCGAUAGAUUGCCGCCUCCACCAGGGAGGAAGAGUGGUGGUGGUAGCCAUAAACGACAUAUGCAAGAAAUGCAAACGCAUCGACGUAACGAUUCAGAUGAUAGUAAUACGGGGACGUUGGGUCCUGAAAAUGCAAAGCCACCACGAGACGGCUCAUCAUCGGGUUCAGAUCGUCGUCCACGUUUGGUGGCAAAUAGCCACGCUCGCUCUGCGAGUGCGCACAUCACUGUUUGA